AUGCAAAUUGAAUAUCCAGUUAUUGACAAUCAACUUGAUUUGACCGUUUAUAAAUAAUAGAUUUUGAUGAAGAAUUAAAAAAAUAAACCCAAUAAAUUGAAGUUGAUGGAUUUAAAGAGGAUGGCCAAUCAUAAUAAUGUGACUUUGGGAUGUCUCAAGAUUAUUGAUAAACUAUUAGAGGAACUCAACGCGUUGGAAUAGGAGAACGUUCAGAGUUCCUAUAAGAAGAUUAUAGAAUUCCCAGUCAAUAGUGACUCUCUCAUAAAUUAGUUAUAAUCUUAUUUUGAUUAAGAAUUUAUUGAUGAAUUCAAAGUGGAAUUGGAAUUGAAGAUUGAGAGUUUCUGUAGAUUGACUGAAAAGGAGUACACAGGAGUGUAUACAUAUGAUAACAUCCAAAAGGCUGCUAAAGACUCGAUUGUAAUAAGGAGUGUGUAUAAUCAAUUGUAAGAAAUUCAUUAGAAGUGUCAAACUUAAAAAAAAGUAACUAUUUAAUUUUGUCAUGAAAUAUUAGAUAUGAUGUCAAAGUGCUUAUUAACAUCAACCUAUAUGGAAACUCAAAAGGCUAAAUUCCUGAAAUUCAGAGAACUCUACAAAAGGUUGAAUGAAUCAAUCACACUGGAACAGUUGGAGGAGAUUGAACAUGAAUGCUUUUAACUUGGAUUUGAUAUGGAUGUAGAACAAAGGAGAUCACAAUUGGUCUAAGCACAGGAAAUCAUCCAAAAUAUCCAACCUAGUUUGGGUGAUUCCUUGGAAGAAUUCAAAAAGCUCAAGUCUCUUUAAUUGGACACUUACAUUAAGUAAACUGAAUAGCAAAUAGACUUUGUGAAAUAAUUAUAUUAUUUGGUAUACAAUUCAUAUGAUACAUUGCCUAAGAUGAUUUAGAAAGUAAAAGAUAUCUCAGAUUUAGAUUUCAAUAAUGAAUUAAUUUACAAAGUUGCAAUUCCAGAAGUCGUCUAUGAUGAAAUGAAAUCAGUAGUAUUAAAUUUUAGAUAAAUCAAAUGGAGAUGCGAGUGCUAAUUUAAUCCUAGAUCAACCAAAUCAAACCAUGAUCCAAGGGGGUAACAAAAAAUAUAAUAUCAGCCACAAUAAUUCAAUUGUUAAAUGCUGAUCCCCAAAAUCUAAGAUCCAUUCUACACUUAACAACUCUAGAAGAUCAAGAAGGAAUACGAGAGUUGGAUCAUCAAUUUGUAGGAGUUCGAGAAUCAAUUGGCAGGUCAAGUUGCACCUCAUUUCAAUCAGCUGAUCAAAUUGAUCAAUAAGAACCAGUAUCAAGAGAACAAUUUGCAAACCAAAUUGUGGCAAUACUACAUUUAGAUGCUUUGGAUGCAAAAGGCAGAAGAGUUUAUUGAGGCUAAGGCCAAUCCCUAGGCUUACAAGACAUUGAUCUCCUGUGCGAACAUAUGCAAACAUAGAUUCCAACAACGUCUUAUUAUUGAAACUUAAGGACCAUAUCUUCAUCAUGGAUGA